UCCGUUGCUGUGCUCCGCUCGCUCCGCAGACAGUCUCGCUCACUGGCACUGAGGGCUCAGCUGAGUUGCGGGAAGACGCGAGCUUUGUCCUUAACGACGAGAGAAAUAAAAGUUGGACAAAAUUAAUUCAAUUAAAAGAAGGACUUUCUUGGACAGAUACACUGGAAGAAGCGUCUCCGAGGCCGAGGCGAACCAGGACGAGUCAGAGAACAACUAAAGGAUAAAUCCUGAGGAGCACUGAGGAUUUUUGUUGAAAAUAAAGACAAAAACAAAGCCACAAAUUCUGUAAGUCUAUCAAUCGGUAAAAUCUCAGGCUCCCCAGGCUCUCGGUUCUCUCGGUGCGUGUCACGUUUUCCAGACGUCUCCCUGCGCAUGCAAAUGGCGUGUUGUCUGAAGGACGAGCUCCUCUGUUCCAUCUGCCUGAGCAUUUACCAAGACCCGGUGAGUUUCGGCUGUGAGCACUACUUCUGCCGUAAGUGCAUCACGGAGCACUGGAGCAGGCAGGAGCACCACGGCACGCGCGACUGCCCCGAGUGCAGGAGGACCUUCACCGACCCGCUGCUCUCGCCCAGCCUCAAGCUCUCCAACAUCGUAGAGAGGUACUCGGCCUUCCCGCUCGACGCCAUCCUCAACGCCCAGAGGAACACAUACCCGUGCAAGGACCACGAGAAGGUCAAGCUGUUCUGCCUCAGCGACAAGAGCCUGGUGUGCUUCUUCUGCGACGAGCCCGCUUUACACGAGCAGCACCAGGUCACCACCAUCGACGAGGCGUAUGAGGAAAUACAGAGGGAGAUGAAAGAACAGCUGAUGGCCCUUCAGGACAGUGAGAGAGGACACACAGAGGCUUUACAGCUGCUGCAGAGGCAGCUGACCGAGACCAAGUCCUCGGCAAAAAGCCUGCGAGCCACGAUCGGCGAGGCGUUUGAGCGUUUGCACCGUUUCCUUCGCGAGAGGCAGAAGAGCAUGCUGGAAGAACUGGAGGCCGACACGGCUCGCACCUUGACCGACAUCGAGCACAAGAUCCAGCGCUACAGCCAGCAGCUCCGCGACGUCAAGGAGGGCAUCCAAAUCCUGCAAGAGAAGCUGAGCGAAACCGGACGCCACGAGUUUCUAGAAGGGGUGGCGCUCACGUCCGAAAGAGAGCAAGUGAUUCGUGGAAGGUAUUGCUGGUGGAAGAUACCAAGAAUAAAAGGCAAAAUACACGAAACCAACCUUACCUACGAAGAUUUUCCGACAUCUAAAUACAUGGGUCCGUUACAGUACACAAUCUGGAAGUCUCUGUUCCAGGAUAUCUGUCCAGUGCCCGCCGCUUUGACCCUUGACCCGUUGACGGCCCACCAGAGGCUGAUCCUUUCUGACGACUGCACCAUAGUGGCGUAUGGGAACCUGCACCCGCAGCCUCUGCAGGACUCACCGCGCCGCUUCGACGUGGAGGUGUCCGUGCUGGGCGCCGAGGGCUUCUGCUCAGGGGUGCACUACUGGGAGGUGAUGGUUUCGGAGAAGACCCAGUGGAUGAUCGGCGUGGCCAACGAGACGGUCAGCCGCAAGGGCAGCAUCCAGAUCAGCCCGAGCCGCGGCUUCUACUGCAUCGUCAUGCACGACGGCAACCAGUACAGCGCCUGCACCGAGCCCUGGACCCGCCUCAACGUCAAAAGCAAGCUGGAGAAAGUGGGCGUGUACCUAGACUACCCCAAAGGCCUGCUGGUCUUCUAUAAUGCAGAUGACAUGUCCUGGCUCUACACGUACCGAGAGAAGUUCCUCGUCAAGCUGUUCCCGUACUUCAGCCCCGGUCAGAGCCAUGCCAACGGAAAGAACGUGCAGCCUUUACGGAUCAACACCGUACGACUAUAGGCUGUCCGAUCCAACCUUCAGUUUUCGAAAGACCAAUAGUGUUUGUUUUUUUUUCUUCUUCUUCUUCUUUUCCUUUCGUCUUUUUUCGGGUGCUCCGGGUGCGUUUUUAAGUUCUGGCUCAAAAACACCAGACAUGCUUUACAGCACCGUGACUUCUCAAAUAUAUUUCUCAAUUCUAGCUUUCGACAGCGCGGUGCGUCUGAAACGACGAUGGAAAAUUCUGGCACAUUUCUGAUGCGACGUGUUCUCUGUGGGCUUUUUCUACAUUCAUUCAGUGUUUCUGGUCAUUUGUAAUCGUGCCGUGGCCCUCUCGCUCUCCCAGCUGCUCACCUCUCUCUCUCUCUCACACACUCACACACACACACACACACACACACACACACACACACCACACACACACACACACACACUCACACACACACACACACACACCACACACACACACACACACACUCACUCACACACACACACACACCACACACCACACACACACAGACUGCUCAGAGUCAUAUCCUGUCAGCCUCUAGAGGCCAAGUGCUCACUCUCAGCCGCCUUCUUCUCUGAGAGAGAGAGAUUCUGUUGUAUUGCAGCUCAAGAUGUGAAGACAUGUCGCUUUUUAUUCAUUGUGCAAUCAGCUUUCGCGUGUUCUGUGGAAUGUCCUGUCCUGUAUACCACUAUUCUUUUCUUUUUUAUAAUUUUUUAUCUUGUGCAUUUCUUGGUGAUUAAUGAGAUAAGAUUUUGUAUGUGUGUGUGUGUGCGUGUUUUAUUGUAAAGACUCUUCUUCUCUUCCGUUCCCCGCCCUGAUGUGAACAGCAUGUCUUCUGCUGCUCAGGUGACCUUUAUCCAGCAGUAAUUGCAGCGUGUCCGAGUGUGCGCGGGUACGUGGGUGUUUGAGGCGACUCUGUUUCAUGACCACGACGCUGCAGGACGAACAAAUUCGCGUCACCUGUCCGUUACGUAAGGAAUAAAACACAACAGCGUUACCACCCAAAAGAGGAACAUUUCGGUAUAACAGCACGGCCUGUGGUGUUUUAUUCCUCUUAUACCACAGCCAGCGUUUACAGUUCAAUUUAUCCGUUCAUAGUUAUGUCGAAUGUUGUGGAACGUCCAUGAAACAGGUUCUCAUUUACGUCAAAGCAGCAGCACCCCCCCCCCCCCCCCCCCCCCCAACCCCGCUCUCUUUAAGUCGAUUAAAAACAAGAAACCACAAAAAGAGUCACUUCCUCUGUUUUCCGCUGCAUACAACUGGAGUCUGUGUCAGUAAAAUGUUAAAUAACUGUAUAAUUACAGAAAACUUUACCAUAUCGACGGUUACCUUUAAUCAGUCUUAGGUUUUGUUCAGAUCUUCCUCCAUACAAGUCCCUGUGAAAUGAGCUGUUACUAUGGAAAUGAUAACGGUUAACAUAAACCCGCACUCUUAUUUAGAGAGCAUUCUGACCAAUCAGAAUCGAGAAUUCACCACUGCUGCGGUAUAAAACACGAUGUCGUCUCGUCUCGUUCACAUCUUUCAACAUGUAUUCUAUUUGUUUUCGUUUCUUAUAUUCCUUUAUUCCAAGUCACGCUGUGGUUCCUCUGGACGUCUCGCUGGGACGGUCAGUGUGUUAAAACAAGCAAGGGCUGUUACUGCAUCGUGCCAUCUGUCAACUUGAGCACGUUUAACGAGGCAGAAAUGGUGCGAGGCAGUUGCUUCAUUUUGCAAAUUCACACUCGAUCCAUUCCAUGUAUUUUUAAAAAAAAAUUUUAUUAUUAUUAUUUUUUUAAACACUCAAGGGCCAAACAUUUUUAUUUCUAUUUUUCAUGUAAAUAGUGUUGUGUUGGGGUUUUUUUUGUUUUGUUGGGGUUUUUUUCCCCCUGUUGUGGUGUGUUCAGUGGAGGCAGGCACCUCACGGGUUCUGCCAUUAGAGUCUUAUAUGAAAGUACUGCACAGUUUUUGUUUUUUUUUUUCCUUUCCUAAAGGACACUACGCCUGUUUGUGAACGCACUUUGUUCCUCGUUUGUUUGCCCUGAACGGAUGAUGCCUUUCGCUACCGCAGUGUAAACAUUCGCUACGACGAUAAUCUCUACGGCCUAAUUAUAAAAGGUGGCUUCUUUUGUGCUAAUGCUUUGGGGAGCCUUUACAGUUUCUUUGUAUUCGUGGCUUUGUUCCCACAUCAGCAAUAACCGCUUCCCAGUAUAGCGUCUCACGAGGUAACCGGAAAAACAUGCACUGGACCAAAAAAAAAAAAAAGGUUGAUCAUGUGACUUUGAGAGUAGAUAUAAAUAUUAGCUUCUUGGACACAAAAUAAGUCUCUUGUGCGAGAUCUAAUACUUGAUUUAAGCCCAUCCAAUGGCUUAAAGGGGUGCCAACAUUUAUGAUUUAUGCUAUAGUGUUAUUGGAACGACUUGAGAAUUACUUUCCCGUUUUAUUUGCCUGCCACAAAAGCUGAUUCACUGAAAGGGAAACGACAAGUUUCGCUUCUAGCAGCAGUUAUGUUCCCUUUUAUUUUGGCGACCUUUGACCUGUGAAUACAUGCGUCUCUAUCUUGUAAACCAAAGGAAAGCGAGAAGGCAGGGAUUACGGUCUCUUUGGUUGGAUAAAGAAGCAGUUGCUCUGAGAAAGUAAACCGCUGACAAGUUCUGUUUCUUUAGGGUUUUCUUGUUAGCAAUGUUGGCACCGCUGCUUCAACCUUAAAGUAAAUAUCUCAAGUAACUGAGAUAAGUAAAGUACAAAACUCAAACGGGCAUAAAUAUUAGCUCCCUAGAAAGAAAACAUAACCCACCUGUCCUGUCAGGUGAGGAUGCCUCUUAUCAAAUUGUAGUCUGUGGAUUGCUAAUUGUAGUCUGUGGAUCGGUGUUUUACUCUGCUAUCGUAAAGGAGUCAGUUUUAUAAGCACUUGAGGGUCGGUGAGGCUUGUCGAACAACUCCCAGACAGAUCUAAACGGCAGUCGUUAUAUUUGUCCUGAUGCACAAGCUAUAGACAUAAAGCAGCGAUGUUAAUGAACAGGAAAUUCAGGUUCAGUUUUUCUGAGUUUGUUUCACUUUUCCAGUUUCCAGGUUAUUCCAGGUCAGAAGUUCACAUGGUUCUUACAGACACAGUGCCUUAGAAGGCUGAGUUAUUUACAAGUGUGACGCCACAAACUCGUCUGAUCAUUACUUCACUGCUUGUUUUUUUUCCCAGAUGUAGAAUUUUCUAGAACUGAAUUUCUACGCUUUAAAGACAACAUGAAAUACAUAAUUCACGGAUUUAAAAAAAAAAAAAAAAUUCCCCACAAUGUGACACAUUUUCGAUCAAUUUGAAGGGGUGGGACUUGUUUUAUGGGAUCUGAUUGGCUUGGUAAAAGUGAGCGUUCCAAAGCAAGAACACUAGCAUGCAGUUGAUCGUAGAGGAAAGCUUGCUUCCCAGCACGUAAGGAUACGAGAGAGAGGAAAUCCCGCUAGCGCUGAAGAAGAACAAGAGGUGAUUUCGCUCCAGGAGCGCGGCCAUGUUUGUUAGAAUUGGACGAUCAACCAGCCAGUGUGGAACUCAUGGAGUAUCAUGGCAAACUAAUGAUGUAUUAGUAAUAAAUAUUGUAUAUAAAAUAUACAAUAUAAAAAAUUUGUCCCGCCCACAAUUCUACCAUAACACUAAUAAUAAAUAUCUGUAGAUAAUUUGCUGCACGGUACUGGAAAUUUCCAGACCAAAAAAAGUAUUUGUACAAAUGAGUCGUACAAAGUUGACCAAGAACUUGUGCUGAAAGGAUAAAAUGGAUGUAAAUGCGUUUUUUGACACUAAUGAGCACUAUUUAUUGGCACUGUUUGUGCUAAUGUAGACCAGAUGUAAUUGUUUUUGCCCCCACUCUUCUGUUCCUUAUUCAUUCCAGAUAUUAAUCUUGUACCUCUGCACUCUUGGGUUAUUUAUAUUUGUGUGUGUGUGUGUGUAAUGUUUGCUCUGUUUGUGUAUAAAGGGUUCGGGCAGCGCCCAUCAUUAUGCGAUGUGUAAAGCGGCACAUCUGGAGCAGGGAUCUGUACAGUCGUGUAGGGCUGCACGGGUUUCUCCGUGGCAAUCAGCCUUUGUUAUUGAAUGGUUUUUGGGGAAACACAUGAGAUACAUUAUUCAUUUUACAGUGUUGACUAAAAUGAUUAUAACAGUGAUGAAUCUGAUGAUUGUGUGUCUGGAUGACUGAUGCUUUGCACCCAUCUUUGUGUAAACGCACUGUGGUGUGCUCUCACUGCUGGACCUUCAUGAAAGAAAUGUUUUACUGUGCGAAUAAAGAAUGGUGAAACCAA